GUGUGGCUCAGUGAUAGAUGCCCUGCUUAGAAUCCCCCAGUGAGGUGCUGUUGGCGUGGUUCAAUGGUAGAAUACUUGUUUCAUGUGUAUGAGACCCUGAGUUUCAUCCUCUAUCCUAAAAGUAAGCUGUUAUGGGAAGAAUGAAACCAUUCUUCCCACGUUAGCUUGCAUCUGUCUACAGGAGAAGACAGAGUGAACAUAGCUGAAGUGUGUGGCUUUCUGAAGCAGACAGCAGAGUAUAGUAGGUUGCUAUGGCUGUUGAAGUUGCCCAGGGGGCCAAAUGGCUGAGAAAUUUCUUGUAACCAAAGAGCAUUCAGUGAAUGACUACUCCAUCACAGUCCUUGACACAUAACAGCAAGUCCUCACUGCUGGUCCCAGAAAUGUCUAUCACAUGACAUUCAGAGCUGCUCUUCAUUCUACUCUCAGGAAUCCUAUGAACUUCCCAAGGGUGAACAAGGAGACCUGCUUGGGAGACACAGUGCAGGAUGUCCAAGGGCUUUCCUGCAGUUCUUCUUCACAAAGGGACAGCUGAUGGUGGACUUUGGAGAGAGCACACAUGGUGGUUCCACUAAUACAUGCCAACUCUGAAAGUAGUGUCUGGGAAAGAGGAGUUACAGGUCACUAUUAAUCCAUGCAGGUGGCCUUGCCUGUUGAAGAAGGCUAGAGUAUCUGAAGCCAUGUACAGACCACUGUAUGAAUUCAAAGAAAGUAACUUCUUCCACGAGAAAACCUAGACCUAAUCACAUUCCACGGCUUAAGGAGAAUUCCCAUUAUCUAUACUUACUGUGAAAUGAAGACUUCACAGAUGUGAACAAAUUGUUGUUACUAUUGUUUCAAUGAAAGAGGACUUGAACAUGUAGACAGAUGUGCACACAGGAGAGACCACUGGGACAGGAUGAGCUUGAUGAGCUCCGGGAAGCAUUUCUUGAAUUUGACAAGGACCAAGAUGGGUUCAUCUCUUACAAGGAUUUGGGCAAUCUCAUGAGAACGAUGGGUUACAUGCCUACAGAGAUGGAGUUGACUGAGUUGGGCCAGCAAAUCCGAAUGAACCUUGGUGGCCGUGUAGACUUUGAAGACUUUGUGGAACUGAUGACCCCCAAAUUGCUUGCAGAGACAGCAGGGAUGAUUGGUGUCCAGGAGAUGCGAGAUGCCUUCAAGGAGUUUGAUGCCAAUGGAGAUGGGGAGAUCACACUGGCAGAACUGCAGCAGGCCAUGCAGAGGCUGCUGGGGGAGAAGCUCACACCCCGGGAGAUUGCUGAGGUGGUACAGGAGGCUGAUAUCAAUGGAGAUGGCACUGUUGACUUUGAAGAGUUUGUGAAGAUGAUGUCUCGUUGAAGAGGUAAUAGAAGCUCCAGACACCUGCUGCCUUGUCAACAUGGCUGAGCACUUGUAGAGCACUGGAUACCCAGAAUACCUUAAAGGAUGGAGGGUGGGAGUAGGCUUGCCCCAGUAUGGACUGGGGUGCAACUGCAAACACUUGCUUUGCUUCUUGGGAGCAGAGACAUAUAUAGAAGCAAGUUUAGAAGGAAGACUCUAUGUAUAUAAAUCUGAAUUAUACUAGGAUCUAGUGCCACUCAAGCAUGCCAGAAGCUAUGACAUCAUUUCCUAAUCUCUUUCCCACCACAUUCUCCUUCCAUGACUCCCUUGGUUAAAAGAUGGUGUGGGAACUUUUUCACAGUCCAAAAGAAAGAAAAGAAAGCCUUUCAAAAAGUUACACACAUAGCUUAUCUUUCCCCUGACUACUCUAAAAACGACCCCAUUUCCUUCUCUUGGUAAGAGAGUGUCCCACUAGUCACAGGGUUAUAAUGAAAAUCCUAAUAAAUAUCAGUUUAGAAAUGUCUCAGGAAGAGGCAUUCACAGUUGUGUUUUUCCAGUUCCCCAGAAGCAGAGUCUGUCACUCCCCCUGUAAACAUCCCUGUCCCUGCCCUAGUGUGAGAUAACCCUGGAGGAACUGAGCUAAACUGCAAAUCUGGAUUAUCAAGGUUUAGUACAAGCUGAUCCCUGCGAAUAUUUAAUCCCCUGCAAAAUCAGAGAGAGAGAGAGAGAGAGAGAGAGAGAGAGAGAGAGAGAGAGAGAGAGAGAGAGAGAGAGAGAAAGAGAGAAUUCCCCAAAUCCCUAGCCCAAGCCAAGUGACUGCAGCAUCCUUCCUGGAAGCCCUCUGCUGCUGUGUUGAUCUAUCCCUGGCUUCUCCGGGCUUCUUUCUCUACCUUAGGUAGUUUGUGAACUUCACCCCUCAUGUAUGGAUCUGGACCCUUCAGUUGCUUUAUCAUUCAAGAUAAAGAAUUUGUGUCAUAUCUUCCUCCAAGCUUUUCUUGCAUUGAAGUUCAUUAUCUAGAAAUAUAGAAAAUGUCAUCUGAUCCUUGAUCCAAUAGCUUCAAUUUACAUGACUGAAAUAAAGUAAAAGUAGAAGAAGA